UCGCAAUUGCUAUUCGGUCGUUUAUUAUUAUUUUAGUAUUUUAAAACUAAAUUUCGUUAAAGGUAUAGUUGUUAAAAUUUACAGAACUAUAAUGAAUCUCCCUCAUUUUAAUCGGACUUGUAGCACAGUUACCUUUUUCGUUUUAUUGCUCUUUUCUUUAUGACACACUGCACUCAGUAAUUAUAUUUCCUAUUAAACAUAUGCAGCAGUUUUUAGACGCCACUCUUGUUUUUUACACGACAUUAAAAUUUGUUGCUGAAUUUUGUCCUGGUUGGUGAUCGACUCGAACGUCCAACAUACACAACGAACAUGACCAACGAACAACCAUUUUGAUAGCCUUACAAUGAACAUAAUUCGUACGCUGCAACUGCUUUCUCACUCGCACAACUGGUAUUAAUAAAAUUAAGCAUAUGUUAGAAAAGACAGCUGCUGCUCUGUAAAUAGAAUAUGUACAAUGCAAACGUGCCGAUAAAAUUUAGAAAGCAAAAUAGACAAAAUGUUGGGGACAAAACAAAAACAAAUGUGAAAUGUCAGAACAUAGGAAUUUUUUGAGAAGUUUCGUAAUUUUUUAUUAAAAGGAAAUUGUACGUCGUUAAUAAUUUUAGUUCAGUGGCGCUAAGUGUUGUGAGAAUAUGUUAUUUUUCCAUUGCAGCGAAUCGGUGAAAGAAAACUGAUUAAGCAAUACUAAGCAAAUUUACAAAUAUCAUUUGCAAAGACGUAAAGUGAAAAAUCCAGAAGGGGAUAACAAAUAUUCAAACUUACUUAUAAACCUAUAAGUAGAUAUAUACACCUUAAUUUUCACACAGUGCGCAAUUUUCGUUAAAAAAAUAAGCGUUAUAAAUAUCAAGAAUUAAAAAAAUCUAAAAUAAUAAAUUCAAUCUGCUUUAAACUCAUAGUAGAUAGUAGGUUUCUAAAGUGCAAAUAAGUAACAAAUCGAUGUAUAUAGUGUUAAGCUCAGUUGGAGCUGGGAAUUUUGGCAGUAGCCACGGAAUACAAGGAGCUAGCGUGCUCUGUUCGAACCCCCACCUCGCACAGAAAGCAUCACCCAAGUUCCUCUAAAACCUAACAAAAGACUGCAACACAAUUGGAUGAAGAGUGUUUGCAAUGAGCCGUCUUCUCGAGAAGCCCAACAUAGCGAUGUCCAUUAAGUCGUCGUCAGGUAGUCAAUUGUCCUCAAGUGCUGCAACCGCCGGUAAUGCAACCGCAUUAAGUGUUAGCGCCAGUGAAGUAGCAGUGCAAAGUCCAACGGAAACGAUCACAAGUCCAACCGCAGUCAUCAGUUCGAGUACAAAUAAUAACGGAACUCACACAAUUUUCGAUGAAGUCUUUAUAAGUUUAGUGUCCGGUUCAGCGGCUGGAGCUUUGGCGAAAACCACUAUUGCUCCUCUGGAUCGCACAAAAAUCAAUUUUCAAAUAAGUAAAAACGUUCCCUACUCAUUUAAAGCGGCGAUCACUUUUCUUAAGAAUACCUACGAAAAGGAGGGUAUUUUGGCGUUAUGGCGCGGCAAUUCGGCGACCAUGGCGCGUAUUGUGCCUUAUGCAGCCAUACAAUUCACGGCGCACGAGCAGUGGCGAAAGAUUCUGCAAGUCGAUAAGGAUGGUAGCGACACGAAAGGCAGACGUUUUAUAGCCGGUUCAUUGGCUGGCAUAACCUCACAGUCUCUGACUUACCCGCUGGAUUUGGCACGUGCCCGAAUGGCCGUAACGGACAAAUACACCGGAUACAGAACGCUACGUCAAGUUUUUGUAAAAAUUUGGGUCGAAGAAGGACCGCGCACACUUUAUCGUGGCUAUUUCGCGACCGUUUUGGGCGUGAUACCUUACGCCGGUGUUUCUUUCUUUACCUAUGGCACACUCAAACGUGAAUAUUAUGAGGUGACGGGAAACGCGAAACCGAACACUCUAGUCACACUUGCAUUUGGCGCUGUAGCCGGCGCAGCAGGUCAAACAUCCAGUUACCCACUGGACAUAGUGCGUCGGCGUAUGCAAACAAUGGGCGUCAAUAAAGGCGCCAACAAUCAAUAUCGCACCAUAUACUCAACCUUGAAGAAAAUUUAUAAAGAGGAAGGUAUAAAAAAUGGCUUCUACAAAGGGUUGAGCAUGAACUGGAUCAAGGGCCCGAUCGCGGUUGGCAUCAGCUUUUCUGCCUACGAUUUAAUUAAGGAGCUGCUUAGAGAAUUAUUCCAUUUGAAACGCGGUCGAUACGAUGCGUAAAUUAUGAAAUUGUUAUUGUUUAUAUUUUAAUGAUAUUUAUAUGUAUUGUUAUGUUAAAUUUUCUUAUUUUUAAUUUGGAAAAAAUUACUAAACGGUAUACUAAGGGACGAAAAUUAUUGAAAGUGAAUUAAAAAAUAUAAACCAUGCAUUACUGGUAUAUAUAUUACCGAUAAACUGAGUAAACGAGCAACGUUCAAUUAUUUUAUAUAAAUAUUUACAAUGCGCACGUGUACAUGCAUAUAAGUAUGUGAGUUCGAAUAUAUGCAGUGCAAAUUGCCACCUAUAACUUCUAUAUGUAAUAUGUUAGAAUAUGUAUAUGCAACGUUAACCGAUUUAGCUUCGAAUUUGUGGCGAGCCAAGUUUUGUUCCUUUUUAUAUGUGUUAAUAUAAUAUAUACAAUAAAUAAAUAUAAAAUAUGAGUAAUUUAAUGUUUUAAAAUAUAUUAAGCACAAUGCGACAAUAAAUCUUAACUGAUUUUUUCAUAUACAUACAUAUGUACAUGCAUAAUUAUCUACAAGUUGCAUACAAUCUUUUAGCUACGGAUUGUACAUACAUACAUGUCCGGAUGUCAUGUAUACUUAAGAAAGGCAUUUUUAGCUGUUUCAAACUUUUUUUUUCAAAAACUGUGUAAUAGAGUGGAAUGUUUCUUAUUUACACAUAGUACAUAUAUAAGAUAAAAGCUAAUUUUGUUGUACAAAUAACAAAUACCAUUUAAUUGCUUAUAUAUAUUUCCUGCCGUUUAGUUGUACAACUAUAAAUUGCGCGCAUAAAUGCAUAGUAACUGGAUUUUUGAAGUUUCGUAGGUUUUUUAGUGGAUUGUCUAUUGUCAAAAAUUGUAAAGAUAUUGUAAAUAAAUAGAAAACUAAAAUGAAA